CUGGCGGCGCCGCUGGAGUUUCGGGUCCCGCUUGGCCACUUGGUUACCUGCCGUCUCUACCUCUGCCGCCGCCGCCACCAUGCUCUCGGUCCGCGUCCCGCUCGCCACCAUCGCAGACCAGCAGCAGCUGCAGCUCUCGCCGCUGAAGGGGCUCAGCCUGGCGGACAAGGAGAACACCCCCCCGGCCCUCAGCGGGACCCGCGUCCUGGCCAGCAAGACCGCGCGGAGAAUCUUCCAGGAGCCCAUGGAGCCGAAAACUAAAGUACCUGCCCCCAGCGUGGAGGAUGAACCACUACUAAGAGAGAACCCCCGCCGCUUUGUCAUCUUUCCUAUCGAAUACCAUGAUAUUUGGCAGAUGUACAAGAAAGCUGAGGCUUCCUUUUGGACAGCCGAGGAGGUGGAUCUUUCCAAGGACAUUCAGCAUUGGGAAGCCCUGAAGCCUGAGGAACGAUAUUUUAUAUCGCAUGUUCUGGCUUUCUUUGCAGCAAGUGAUGGCAUAGUAAAUGAAAAUUUGGUGGAGCGAUUUAGCCAAGAAGUUCAAGUUACAGAAGCCCGCUGUUUCUAUGGCUUCCAAAUUGCCAUGGAAAACAUACAUUCUGAAAUGUAUAGUCUCCUUAUUGACACUUACAUUAAAGAUCCUAAAGAAAGGGAAUUUCUCUUCAAUGCCAUUGAAACUCUGCCUUGUGUGAAGAAGAAAGCGGACUGGGCCUUGCGUUGGAUUGGGGACAAAGAGGCUACCUACGGAGAACGGGUUGUAGCCUUUGCCGCUGUGGAAGGAAUCUUCUUUUCUGGUUCUUUUGCGUCAAUAUUCUGGCUCAAGAAACGAGGACUGAUGCCUGGCCUCACAUUUUCCAAUGAACUUAUUAGCAGAGAUGAGGGUUUACACUGUGACUUCGCCUGCCUGAUGUUCAAACACCUGCUACACAAACCAUCAGAGCAGAGGGUGAAAGAAAUAAUCAUCAAUGCUGUCAGGAUAGAACAGGAGUUCCUUACAGAGGCCUUGCCUGUGAAGCUCAUUGGGAUGAAUUGCACUUUGAUGAAGCAAUACAUUGAAUUCGUGGCAGACAGGCUCAUGCUGGAGCUGGGUUUCAACAAGGUUUUCAGAGUAGAAAAUCCAUUUGACUUUAUGGAGAAUAUUUCACUGGAAGGGAAGACUAACUUCUUUGAAAAGAGAGUAGGCGAGUAUCAGAGGAUGGGCGUGAUGUCGAAUCCAACAGAGAAUUCUUUCACCUUGGAUGCUGACUUCUAAAUGAACAGAAGAUGUGCUCUUAUUUAGCUGGUUUUUUUUUUUUUUUUCUUAUCACCCCCAACCCUGCAAAAAAAUCAGCUAAAAUGCACCGACCAGCUACACCAUUGUCCAUGUGUUUGUUAAUGGCAUCUAAAAACUGUGUAGCUACCUCAGAUGAUCCCAGCUUCAAAGUGAGGGAACCCUCAAGCAAGCCUGACCCAGUAGGAUUAAGCAUCAGUUACAACCAUCAGGCAUUUAAAAGAACAAUAUCACUGCUACAAAGCAGAAUUAAGUAUAUUUAACUUGUUUGUAAAUAAAACUGGCACUUUACACACAAAUGAACAUUGUACUGUCAAGGGGGAAGCCUGAUUUGUUUGGUUUGCACCAAAUGCAAAGUGUUGUAUUUACCACUCAUGGGGGCCAAUUCAAAAUUCAGUAAGCAACUAGAGUUAAACUUCUGUGGACUAAGCAUGUAAUUUAAGUUUUGUUUUGUUUAAUGAAUUGAAAUAUUUAAUCAAUUUUUAAGUCAGUUCCUGUGCAUACCUAGACUUUAGUCUGCUGGUGCCAAUCAAGACAAUUUGUAUUUUACUCUGUACUCCAGGUAGCGUAUCAUGGCAACUGCUGCUCAACUGAAAUGUCUUUCAGGGCAAGGAGCUUCUAACUUAAGUCACUGGGAACUGAGGCAUGUUUUGGGUGAGUGCUAGUGACCAAGUGACUUGUGAGAAGCGCUAUCAUUUCUCAAAAUUGUACUUCCUUCAAUUUAUAGUUGGUGUGGAAAGACUUAAAAGGUAUGUGUAGGUGGGAUUUAAGAUAAUAUUAUGACUUUUCAGAUCGUCCUUAGACAAAGUGACCUGCCUCAGCUUUCUUAAGUGGUGAAACCAGAACUGAAAUUGAUUCUCCUAAAAGUUCUGUUUAUUCUAACUUUGUAAGUAGGUACUGUUGAGACUUCAUUUUAACAUGUCUCUUAUUUAGAAAAUAUUUUUUACUCUGUGUUCAUUUAGGUUUUACUUAUUUGUAUUUGGGGAAAAAAAUCAUCCAGUAUUAUCUUGGAAGUUAAUAAUUGUAAGACAUUGCUCACUUAUUCUAACAUUUGCCUAAAUAUGAGCAUAACCUGGUGAAUUCCUUAACCGGUAGAAAAUUGGUGGUAUGAUCUUAUUAAUGCAUCUUCCAUUUAAAUGUUAAUUUUAGUUAGAGGUGUAAAUAAACUAACAGCCAGUU